AUGAGUAACGCAGAGUACUAUAGUCAGACUGAGCCCCCAAAUUACGGAAAGCAAGAGCAGCAACAGCAGCACAAUUCGUAUGGUCCACCACCGGUUAAUCCAAAUCAAGAUCUUGAAGGUCAAAAAGACCCCUUCUACGGAGAGAGUCCAAAGCCAUCCCCAGAAUUUGACCAGUCUUUCAAGAUAGAAAAGCCAAGGUUCAAUGACUGGCCUUUUGCGCUUCUAUUCUUGUGUGUUGUUGGUGGGUUUAUUGCCAUUGCUGGGAUUACAUUGAAUGCCUUGCGCAAAACUUAUGGAAUUCAAGGUUCCUCUAUCUAUGACUCUGCCAAUACCUUCACGAUGAAUACCAAUACGAUCAUCUUGUUUGGUUUCAUAGUUGUUGUAGGGGUUGUCGGAUCCUUUUUAAUUAUCCUUUUCGCAAGAAUGGCACCUAGAAUUUUCAUCACUACUGGACUCAUUGCCAACAUUAUUUUGGGUCUUGGUACUUGUAUCUACUAUUUUGUCGCCCAUUACUAUUCAGCUGCUAUCGUAUUUUUGAUUUUCACUCUUUUGACGGCAUGGGGUUACUGGAAUUGUAGGUCAAGAAUUCCUUUCAGUGCAACCAUUUUGGAAAUUACCAUUGAUGUCAUGAAACGUUAUCCAUCCACAUUGGUAACUUCUUUCGUGGGUAUUCUUGUUAGUGCUGGGUUCAGUGUGUUGUUUUCCACUGUCAUUGUUGCAACUUAUGUCAAAUAUGACCCUAACCAAGAGAACACUGCUUGUGAUAUCUCAGGUGGUGGGUGCUCACUGUCCAAGUUGAUUGGGAUUUUAGUCUUCGUCUUCUUCGCUGGUUACUACAUCACUGAGGUGAUUAGAAAUAUCAUUCAUGUCACUAUUGCUGGUGUCUAUGGAACAUGGUACUACUUGGCUAAUUCUGACCAGGGUGCACCAAGAUUGCCAGCUUUAGGUGCCUUAAAGAGAGCUUUGACUUACAGUUUUGGUUCUAUUUGCUUUGGUUCAUUGAUCGUAUCGUUACUUCAAUUGCUUAGAGCUGUGAUUCUGGCCUUGAAGCAGGAUGCCUUCAACGCCGGGGACUUUUGUGCUGGGUGUGGAUUUUUGAUCUUAGACAUGAUUAUUGGACUUAUAGAUUGGGCCGUUAGGUUUUUCAACAGAUACGCAUACUGCUACAUUGCUCUUUACGGAAAGAAUUACAUCAGGUCUGCUAAAGACACUUUUGAUUUACUCAGAUUCAAGGGUAUGGAUGCUUUGAUCAACGACUGUUUCAUCAACACCUCGUUACAAAUGUAUUCGUUAUUCAUUGGAUAUCUCACUGCUUUAUUAGCCUACUUCUACUUGAAGUUUACCAAACCAGAAUACAACUCCAGCGGUACUUACUAUGCACCAGUUGUUGCAUUCAGUUUCUUAAUUUCCGGACAAAUCACCAGAAUUGCGCUUACUGUGAUCGAUUCCGGUAUUGCUACAUUCUUUGUGGCUUUGGCUAAGGACCCAGAAGUCUUCCAAAUGACAAAUAGAGAAAGAUUCGAUGAAAUCUUCAGAAACUACCCACAGGUUUUAGAAAAAUUGACUGCUAACCAUUGA